CACUUUAAAUAGCAGUCCAGGGAUGAUGUUCUGACAGACUCCCUGGAAGGGCCUGAGCUGAGCUAGGGGAAGACUUACAUCGAUGAAAGCGAAGCGAAGCCACCAAGCCACCAGCAUGUCCUCGUCUCUCCGAGUAAGCCCGUCCAUCCACGGCUACCACUUUGACACGGCCUCCCGCAAGAAGGCUGUGGGCAACAUCUUUGAAAACGUAGACCAGCAGUCCCUGCAGAGGCUCUUCAGGAACUCCGGAGACAAGAAGGCAGAGGAACGGGCCAAGAUCAUCCUUGCCAUUGAUCAAGAUCUGGAGGAGAAAACACGAGCCCUGAUGGCCCUGAAGAAGAGGACGAAAGACAAACUUCUGCAGUUUCUCAGACUGAGGAAGUAUUCCAUCAAGGUGCACUGAGCCUCCUCACAGGAUGGGUAAGGAGCUUAUCCACCAAUGGACCUUUAAAGACAGACCCAGUGAGCCUGCCAGCCCGGCCAGGGCAGUGUCCCGCGCACCGGCUUGAGCACCUCUUCCAUCAGGACCCUGAGGAUGGAAAGGGAUGGAGCACACCAGCUACAAAGACUUCAACUCUGUGUCAGCUCUGAGCUGUCACACUGAGAGCAAAGUGCCUUCAGCAGGCGGUUGAGAACUCUCCCAGCAGGAAAGGGCUGACACGGACUUGGUAGAGGAGGAUGGAAGCACAGAACAGAAUGUGGCAGACAGGGACUGAGUGCACCCAGGGUCACUGGCCAGGCCCUAAGACUGAACUCAAACCUAACUUGGUUUUAGUUGUUGUUGUUUAGUUUGUUAUUUUGUUUUUUUCUUUUUUUUUUUUUUUGAAAAAAAUAAGUGUCAAAGUGGGUAGGGAGAGGGAGGAAGGAGGAGGACUAGCAAACAAAUGGUUUACUGCGUUUUUUUAAAUCUGAAUGUUUAAAAUGUGGCUAAACCUCCAUGCUGUUUAUUGGUCAAGAUUUUUAGAAAUCAGUAAUUGACUGCUUGCAUUUAUUUCAAUGCCUAAGAAAGUGCAUCGCCUGGUGUUAAAGACAAGGAACUGCGUGCUUUGCCCAGCCUGGGAAAACCCACACCACUGUCUACAUGUUUCUAGAGGAUUUAUACACAUUUCAAACAGGUUUGCACCAAGUUGAAACAAUGGGGCUCUUCAUAAAUCUGAAGUACUGUGAACAGUUUUGUAAUGUUUUUUACUCUUUGACUAACGCUAGCAUCUAAUCUAAUUAAAUGUCCUAAAGAUAAUGCAGCAAGUAUUAGGAAGUGAAUGUGGAAGGUUUCAGAAGGACGCUGUGGUCUUUAUAAUUUAUUAUAGAUUGUAAGUGAUACGCAGCCCUAAUAAAUUAUUAUCAUCUUA